AAGAAACAUCUUUUGGAAUUUGAUCCUAAUUUGGAUGUAAAGAAUGAUAAACCUUUGCCUCCCCUGCUUUAAACCAAGGAUACAAUGUAAUAAGGUCCUGCCCUGGUUUGACUUCCCAAAAUUCAACAUCUUGCACAUCUCCAUUAAACUCCAUUCACCAUAACUCCUCACUGAUGCCCACAUCUGAGUCUAUUGGAUGGUGUCCUGGCUGUGCAGAAAGAACUUUGUCUCCACAUAGACUCUUCCAUGGACGGACGUUUUUACAACAAGUCUGCGCAGACGGCUAUGAUGUAGGCAAUCUGAUAUCUGCAGAUCCCCUGAAAAGGAAGUGUGGAUUCCGUGCUGAAUACUUCAUCAAACCUCCUCUACACGUCACUGUUUCAUUCCCAUUCAAUGUGGAGCUUUGUAGAAUUGACUUGGAAGUCUCACUGCCCUUGCAAAGCUCUAUAGGAUUGGACAUCUAUACUUGUACAACAUGUAGUAAGACCUUGACGUGGAAUGAAAACUCCAUACAAACCUCUCAGCCUGCUGGCCAGGCCUUUCUUGACAACGAUGUUUUUACUUUAGUGGGUAAAGUUGUACUGAAGCAAAACAAGGUAUCUUUCAGGCACAUAGCAUAUAAACCUAGACCUCCUUUUCAUGCGUUAAAUGAGCCUUCUGCCAUUGACCAUUGUACUUCUCUACAGGAUUUGUGGAACAAAGGGCAGUUUUCAUUGACAAGCAUAAAUCACCUCAGGAUCUGCAUCACCUUUGUGUCAGGAGGCCGUUUGCCUUGUUUGAAGAGGGUGGACAUCUGGGGUCAACCAUCUCGAUCGUCCCCUCGUAAACUUGUCCAAAGCAUCUUCAAGGUUUAUCAAGAAUACAAGGCUGAGCAAUCGAUUCCAAGGAUCAAGCAGGGAAAUGCUUCCAUCGCCUCAUCCAGCGAUACACCAAGUCAUAGCCGAGAGCCAGAUGCUGGUGGAUCUCCGCUGAUCAGCGGGAGCAUUCCAGAGGAAUUUCUGGAUCCCAUUACCUCUGAACUCCUGGUCCUUCCAAUGUUACUGCCCAGCGGCAAAGUAAUCGAUCAGAGCACUCUGGACAGACAUAGUCGGUGUGAAGCUACUUGGGGCCGGGUGCCAAAUGACCCCUUCACCGGCGUCCCUUUCAGCCGCCAUUGCAAGCCUGUUCCUCACUCCACUCUUAAAGCAAGGCUGGACCAUUUCCUGCUGCACAGCCCAAUACCAGGCCACACUGUUGUGGGGAGAACUCGAGUUGGUUUUGUUGCCUCGUCUGCUGUGAAGAGAAAAUCGGACUCCACACAAGCUAACGACGUGAAUCCGGUCUCAGAACAAAUGAGUGCCUGCAGUACAAACUCGGCUGUAAUUUUGUACUCUGAUCAAAAGAGAUUCAAAGCCGAAAUAAAGGAACUGCAAAAGCCUGAGAGAGAUUUGGGUUCAGUUUCGCAUGAGCAGAAGUUAACGCAGAGUCUGGACAACGCAUUGGCCUCCGUCUUAAGUGUGUUCCCAUCCUUUACUGCCAGACAAAGACAAGACAAAUCACAGCCAGCUGAUGGCAGCAACACUGACCGUCUGCAAGAUCCAGUUAGCUCUGAUGAAGCUUGCAGCAGCUGCAAUGAGGCAUUCUCUGCAUACUCCAAACACCUGGUGGUGUAUAGAUUGCUGUGUGGGCACCUGAUCUGCAGACCCUGUUUAUCCGCGAGGCAGAAGUCUUCAGCACCUUCCUGCUCCAAAUGCAAGAGGACAAUCAGCACCAGCGAUGUAGUGCGGGUGCACCUCUAGAUCUGUAGCACUUUGGCCUCCUACAUUGGGGAACUGGUGGAGAUACUCCUUCAGAUAACAUUAAAAGAGGUGGAAAUAAUAUAGAGAUAUUAUUUGAAAGUAAUAGAGAUAUUAUGGUGGCGCAGCGGUAGAGUUGCUGCCUUACAGCGAAUGCAGCCCCGGAGACCCGGGUUCGAUCCUGACUACGGCUACUGUCUGUACAGAGUUUGUACGUUUUCCCCGUGACCUGCAUGGGUUUUCUCCGAGAUCUAUGGGUUCCUCCCAUACUCCAGAGACAUACAGAUUUAUAGGUAAAUUGGCUUGGUAUAAAUGUAAAAUUGUCCCUGGCGUGUGUAGGAUCGUGUUAAUGUGCGGGGAUCGCUGGUCGGCGCGGACCCGGUGGGCCGAAGGGCCUGUUUUCGUGCUAUAUCUCUAAACUAAACAAAAAAUAUAAAUCUUCCCGAUAUUUAAAAUAUUAUUUACAACAUUGUAUAAAUUAUAAUUUUGAUAUAUUGCUCAGGUUUCAGAUACAGUGGUGUUGAGUGGGAGCAAGAGAACUCUCAAUGUUGUGGCAGUGUGCUAUGCUGCUAAUGUCACUUUGUGAAUUUAGUUCUUGGAUGGCUUAGAGCAUCCUCCCUCCGAAGAAUAAAAAUAUCAAAUAAAAUAAGGGAAUUAAGAACAAUGUAAACUUUGAGGAAUUAAUAAAUGGAAUUUCGACCCUAAAAUUGAAUUAGUGUUGCAAAUUCCAACUGCUUAACUGAGUUUGGAACUGCCUGGUGUCUGUCUGGCUUAUUGGUCUAUCAAUGACUGGCUCCAUUCAGUAAAAAGCAGCCAUACUGCCCCUUGUUCUGGUUAUUUUGAGCUAAAGUAAAUAUAAUAUUUAUUACUCCUUUACACAAGUAAAUUUACAAGUGAGGAGUAUUUACUAAUGCACUCCAGAAAAAUAAAUGGGGCACAGCACGGUGGCACAGCGAUAGAGUUGCUGCCUUACAGCACCAGAGACCCGGGUUCGAUCCUGACUACGGGUGCUGUCUGUACCGAGUUUGUACGUUCUCCCCGUGAUCUGCGUGGGUUUUCUCAGGGAGCUCCAGUUUCCUCCCACACUCAAAAGAAGUACAAGUUUGUAGGUUAAUUGGCUUCGUUAAAAAAAAAAUUGUAAAUUGUCCCUAAUGCGUAGGAUGGUGUGGUGUUGGUGUGCGGGGAUCGCAGGUUGCCGCGGACUCGAUGGGCUGAAGGGCCUGUUUCUACAGUAACUCUAAACUAUACUAAAAAACUAAAAAGUAAAGGUUUUUGGUUUCCACCUGUGACAGUAGAAUACAAUCCAGUUACCCUGGAAUAUUAGAUAUUUGGUUUUUGUUUAAUAAAUUCCCUGGCUGAAAUCUAAUAUUGAA